AUGAAACAUAUUACCUAUCGAUCGUCGUUAAUGAUUAAUUAUUCUGAAAGCAUAUCAAUCCGGAAAUGCUCUCAACGAAGAAAACAUCAAACAUCUCAGUUAACAAAUUAUUUUUCAAUACAAUCAGUUUUGCCAUUGGCCUAUACUGUACAUCCCUACACUGGUAUGGAUAUGAAUUUGUAUCUCGGAUCGAAUGGCAUUCCUUAUGGCCAACCUACGACAAGAACUGGAAUGGUUCAUUUAAAUAAUAUUCCACCGCAGCUCUAUGGAUUCCACUAUGAUCCGUUACCAAACAUUGGUGUCAAUGCACCGUACGUUAGAUAUCACAGACUACCCAAUUCUGGAUUGCCUAACUGA